UUGGAGGUCCGGCCGGGAUGAGAUACAAAGAUGAGCUGCGCACCGUGAAUUGCCAGCCAGCCUCGCCAGUCGCCACCGCACCAAACAGCAAGCGAAGCGGGCCGGCAAAGUGGUGCCAUUUGCUUCCCUCCUCCUCUCGCAUCUCCUCUCCCUCUAUCCGUCCGCCCCUUUGCUGCCACCGCCACACAUAUCUACCACUACUGCUACGAGCGCUCUGUUUACCGCGGCCAUCAGCCCCCGAGCCGCGCCGUAACUCCCGUCCCGACUAGUGUCGCGUCAGUAAACCACCGCCGGACCAAACCCUAGCGGCCCGCCGGCGAUGUCGGCGUCUCCCCCGCCGCCGGAGGAGGACGCCGUGCCUCUGGCCGUCGCCGUCGCCGGCAACGACAGGGUCCUCGCCGCGGCGCACCACAUCGUCAAGUCGCUCGCCACCUCCAAGAACGCCGCCGACGACAUGAUCCGCAUCCUCUCGGGCUUCGACUACCGCUUCUCCAACAUCACCUCCGACCUCUUCCACUCCACCUCGCCCUCUCGCUCCCGUUCCCCGUCCGACGCCGACGCCGACCCGGAGGCCCCCUCCCUGGCGGAUUUCGACGAAGCGGCGCGGCUCAUCCACCUCUGGGACACCACCCCGGAGGCGCUCGUCUUCGAGGCGCCCGAGGACGACGCCGCCAACUACCUCGCCGCGGUCGACGUCGCCGUCGACCACCUCGCCGCCGGGGGCGCCGCCGCCGCCUCGGGCCGCGCGGGCGUCGCCGUGCAGCUCGCCAUGGCGCGCCUCGAGGACGAGCUCCGCCACCUCAUGCUCCACCACGCCGUGCCGCUCGACGCCAGCGGCCUCUACUGCUCGCUCCGCCGCCUCUCGCUCGAGUCCAUGGACGACCUCGACACCUCCUCCGAGUUCGACCCCACCACCCCGCACAGCCAGGAGGGCGCGCCAGAUACCGCCCGCAGCGCCAGUCUCGUGGGGAACCCCUUCGACGACCAGCUGUUCGACCUGGUGCGGCCUGACGCUGUUGAUGAGCUGCGCGCCAUUGCUGAGCGGAUGGGGCGCGCUGGCUAUGCAAGUGAGCUCGUGCAGGUUUACUGUGGCAUCCGCCGGGACCUGCUUGAUGAGUGCCUCACAGUUCUGGGGGUCGAGCGUCUCAGCAUCGAUGAGGUUCAGCGUGUGGAGUGGAAGCAGCUGAAUGACAAGAUGAAGAAAUGGGUGCAUGGCGUCAAGACGGUUGUCCGCUCCCUGCUGACAGGCGAGCGCCGGCUCUGUGAUCAGGUGCUCGCAGUGUCCGAUGAGCUGCGGGACGAGUGCUUUGUUGAAUCCACCAAGGUUUGCAUAAUGCAGAUUCUUAACUUUGGGGAUGCUGUGGCUGUGUGCCCUCGUUCGCCCGAGAAGGUGUCCCGGAUUCUUGAUAUGUAUGAGGCACUUGCUGAGGUAAUUCCUGAGCUCAAGGAACUGUACUAUGGGACUCCUGGGGAUGAUGUGAUCUGUGAUUUGGAGGGGGUCCUUGGGAGGCUUGGGGAUGCAGUCAAGGGUAACCUUCUUGAGUUUGGGAAGGUUCUACAGCAGGAGUCGUCACGCCGGCCUAUGAUGGCUGGUGAGAUCCACCCAAUCACACGUUAUGUGAUGAACUAUCUUAGGCUGUUGGUCGUUUACAGUGAUACGCUUGACAAACUCUUGGAUGAGGAUGCUGCCGGAGAUGCUGAUCAUAAUGCUUCAAAUGGAGGUGCUGAUGAUGACGAGGAGUAUCUGAAGAGCUUGACCCCACUUGGACAUCGUUUGGUGAAGCUGAUGUCUUACUUGGAGGCCAAUUUGGAGGAAAAAUCUAAACUGUAUGAGGACGGUGCACUCCAGUGUAUAUUUUCCAUGAAUAAUACACUUUAUAUUGUCCAAAAGGUGAAGGAUUCCGAGCUCAGGAGGAUUUUAGGUGAUCAUUGGACACGGAGGCGCCGUGGAAAGAUUCGGCAAAAUUCCAAGAGCUACCUUAGGAUAUCGUGGACAAAGGUUUUGUCCUAUCUCAAGGAUGAUGGUCAUGGCAGUGGGAGUGUAAGUCUUGGGAAUUCAAGCUCGAGGGUCAAAGAGAAAUUUAAGAACUUCAACUUUGCCUUUGAUGAGAUUUACAGGAGUCAAACGCUUUGGAAGGUACCGGAUCCUCAACUCCGUGAAGAGCUCAAGAUAUCUAUAUCUGAAAAUGUGAUUCCAGCAUAUCGUGCUUUUCUGGGUAGAUAUGGUAGUCUAGUGGAUAAUGGAAGAAGUUCUGGUAAAUACAUAAAGUACACCCCAGAGGACUUGGAAAAUCAACUGUCUGAUCUUUUCGAAGGCUCACUAGGGUCUGCCAACCAUUCCAGAAGAAGGUUAUAGUUCCUAUGACAGAAUUUGGUUACAGGUAUAUCUUUGUUACAAGGGGAAGUAUAUUGCUGAACCGCUGGUUACAUGUAUUGGAUUGGUGCAUGUUCCCUAGUUGGUAUGGUGCUGUAAUACCGCAGGAGUCCACAGGAGGAUCCUUUGGUUAAGUCAGAUUAUGUGUAACAAGAAAUAAUGUACAUGUAUUGUUUUUCCAGUGUACUCAUUUCUUUGCACACUACAAUGUCCAAAAUCUAGAUUUGGCACCAUGUAGAGGCGUGCUUCUUGGAAUAUAUUGAACAUGUUAUAUGUGUU